GCGCGGCGCCGGAGACAUGUCCAGGAGGAAACAGAGCAACCCCCGGCAGAUCAAGCGUUCCCUCGGAGACAUGGAGGCUGGAGAGGAAGCCCAGGUCACGGACACCAGCCCCCCCAUGGAGCAAGUGGCCACAGCGCCAGAGCCCAAGGCUGUAGGGGAUCCUGAACCCCUAAGUCCUUCCAGAGCAGAGAUGAAUCCACUCCCUCAACCAGCGCCCCCCACAUCCCCAGGAGGCUCCAAGGAGAUGGCGGGGCCAGAUCUGGAGAAGAAGCCCAAGGAAGAGGAGGAAGAGGAGGCAGCUGCAGCCAGCCCCUGGAGUGGGCCAGAGGACCUUGAGCUGGAGCUCCAGGAUGGGCAGACGUGUGUUCGGGCCCGACUCAGCCUGGCCGAGGGCCUGUCCUGGGGCCCGUUUCCCGGGAGCAUCCAGACCAGAGCCUCAUCCCCCAGGAAGGCAGAAGCGGACCCGGCCAUGACCCUGCUGCUUGUGGAUGAGACCUGCUGGCUGAGGACACUGCCCCUGGCCCUGACCGAGGCUGAAGCCAACUCUGAGAUCUACAGGAAGGAUGAUGCCCUCUGGUGCAGGGUCACCAAGCCGGUGCCUGCGGGUGGACGCCUACGUGUGCUUCUCACGACCGAGUCCCACAGCACCUCCAGCCAUCCAGUGAAGGAGCCAGCAGAGCCCGAAAGCCCAGCCCCAGUGCACACCGACAUCCAGCUGCUGCCCCAGCAGGCUGGUAUGGCAUCCAUCCUUGCCACAGCGGUCAUCAACAAAGACGUCUUCCCGUGCAAGGACUGCGGGAUCUGGUACCGCAGUGAGCGGAACCUGCAAGCCCACCUGCUGUACUACUGCGCCAGCCGUCAGCGUGCUGGCUCCCCGGCCGCAGCCACGGAGGAGAAGCCCAAGGAGACAUACCCUAACGAACGCGUCUGCCCCUUCCCCCAGUGCCGCAAAAGCUGCCCCAGCGCCAGCUCCCUGGAAAUCCACAUGCGUAGUCACAGCGGAGAGCGUCCCUUCGUGUGCCUCAUCUGCCUGUCAGCCUUCACUACCAAGGCCAACUGUGAACGUCACCUCAAGGUGCACACGGACACACUGAGUGGUGUCUGUCACAACUGUGGCUUCAUCUCCACCACAAGGGACAUCCUCUACAGCCACCUGGUGACCAACCACAUGGUAUGCCAGCCAGGCUCUAAGGGUGAGAUCUACUCGCCAGGGGCCGGACACCCAGCUGCCAAGCUCCCCCCAGACAGCCUGGCCAGCUUCCAGCAGCACUCAACCCUUCACGGCCCCCUGGCCUCCCCCGAUGUGGGCCUAGCACCCACCCCAUCGCCAGGACUGGACAGGAAGGCCCUGACCGAGGCCACCAACGGAGAGACCAGACUGGCCCCCCAGAACGGGGGAGGCAGUGAGCCCCCAACCGCCCCCAGGAGCAUCAAGGUGGAGGUGGUGGAGGAGCCUGAAUCAGCGCGCGCUCCCGGGCCUGGAGAACCAGGGCCUCAGGCCCCAUCGAGGACUCCAUCGCCACACAGCCCUGCUCCAGCCAGGGUGAAGGCAGAGCUGUCCAGCCCCACGCCCGGCUCCAGUCCAGGACCCGGAGAGUUGGGCAUGGCGGGGGCGCUCUUCCUGCCACAGUACGUGUUCGCACCAGAGGCGGGCGCACCCCCGGGCCCCACUGCGCCGCAGGCCUCGGAAAUCCUCGCCAAGAUGUCCGAGUUGGUGCACACCCGGCUGCAGCAGGGCCCGGGCGCGGCGGGCGCGCCGGCGGGCCUCUUCGCGGGGACCAAGGGCGCCACGUGCUUCGAGUGCGAGAUCACCUUCAACAACGUCAAC